GAUUAAUCAAGAGGUUGUGAUUGUGUCAAGCGAUAUUCUCAGUAGUUAGUGCAGUUAGCAUUGUGCAGGUCCGUUAUCAGAAAACUGGUGAUUAGUUUAAGAAACAUGGCUCCAGUAGUUGAAAGGGUGGUCCCAAGUAUUGAAAUUGGAGAAGGGCCACACUGGGAUGCAAACACUCAAUCCUUGUACUACGUGGAUGUCUUCGGAAAAGCCAUCCACAGAUACGUCCCAGCCACCAAAAAACAUACCAAAGCUGUAAUAGGGACCGACUGCGUUUCUUUUAUUAUACCGGUAGAAGGCCAAAAGAAUAAGUAUCUGAUCAGCAUUGGAAGAAAUUUGGCUGUCGUGACUUGGGAUGGUGAAAGUGAUAGAGUAUCCAACACGGAAGUAAUUGCUGAAGUCCACAACCAUCCGGAUACCAUGGACAACAGAUUCAAUGACGGGAAGUGCGACCCAUCCGGACGUCUUUGGGCAGGUUCCAUGAGUAGUGAGGCUAUUAACGGAGUGGUGAAGGGAGCGCUUUUCUCUUUGGAGAACAAAGAGAUCAAAACUCAUCUCACUGACAUUGGUAUGUCCAACGGUUUGUGCUGGAGUUCAGACCACAAGACCAUGUACUACAUCGACUCCCUUAAGGAAUACGUGGAGCAAUUCGACUUCGACAUCAAAAACGGUACUAUAUGUAAUGGUAGGGUUAUUUUCACACCAGCCAAGCAUGGAAUCGACGGAGUUUUGGACGGUAUGACCAUUGACACAGAUGAUAACCUGUGGAUUGCCAUCUUCAACGGCUACAGAGUCAUCCAAAUUGAUCCCAGAAAGCCUGAGACACUUCUUCAAACCGUUCCUAUUCCAGCCAAACAAACAACUUCAGUAGCAUUUGGUGGACCAAAUUUGGAUGAGUUAUACGUAACUAGUGGGGCAUUAACCAUAGGGGGUGUGGUAUUGUCGCCACCUGAUCAUGGGGCCACUUUCAAGGUGACUGGAACUGGUGCCAAGGGAUAUCCAGGUGUUAAUGUUAAACUGUAAUAAAAUGUCACCAUUAAAUAAACAAAUAAAAAGCCACACCACAUGUGUAAAAGUUUGCUUUAGGAUUACCAGCUUGGGGGUUAAAGGGAAGUUCCCAAAUAUAUAUAUUAAAGACUUAGAUUUAGAUAAGCCAAAAAAUAAAUAUUUGAUAAAAUGUCACGUUUUGAUAAGUAAGUGUUCCUGGUUUUGUUGUUAAAAUGGAGGAAAGGUGUCUUAGAUAAUUGGAUUAAAUUAAUUACAAGUGCUUGGUUUUGUGGAUAUUACAAUUAUUACACGUGUUGAUUUUAGACUUUUAUCUAAUUAACUAUAAUAUUUGGUUAAUAAACAUUUACUUUCAUAUGUGUCAUAACUUAA